GUCCGUCUUGAGCGAGAGAGUGCAGAGCAUCAUCGUCUCUCUUUAUAAACCCUAAAUUCCACAAUUAGGGUUAGCGAUUUUCCGUAAACCAUAGAGAGCGAUGGCGACUACAACAGGAAACGCAUCGGUUGCAACGGGAACGACGGCAGCGAAGAGGAAACCAGUGUUUGUGAAAGUGGAACAGCUAAAGCCUGGGACGACUGGUCACACAUUGACCGUUAAGGUCGUCGACUCCAAUCCGGUGGUUCCGGUUGCCCGGAAGGCUCGUCCUGGGAUGAGUAGUCGUCCGUCUCAGCCUAGUCGAAUCGCUGAGUGUCUUAUCGGAGAUGAGACCGGAUGCAUUCUCUUCACUGCUCGUAACGACCAAGUUGAUCUUAUGAAGCCAGGGGAGACGGUGAUACUGCGGAACUCGAGGAUAGACAUGUACAAGGGUACAAUGAGGCUAGGUGUUGAUAAAUGGGGACGCAUCGAAGCAACUGAGCCAGCGUCUUUCACGGUCAAAGAGGAUAACAAUCUGUCUCUUGUUGAGUACGAGCUGAUUAACGUUAACGAUCAGUGAUCCUUUUUAGUAUGUUUAUGGAAAGUUAACCUCUGAGAAGUGUGUUUGAUUCUCUGAUACUUCUGUGGUGAAGGUCUUUGAUUUAGAUUAAGAAGAUUUGUGACUGGUUCAAAGAUGCUUGUAGGGUUUCCUUUUUUUACCGUAAAACAUGAAACCAGGAUCUCGCUUUUGAAUUAUUAUUUCAGUCCGUUUUAGGGCGAUUGCUCCUUUGAAA